UACUUAUCCUCCCACUUGCACCCAGCCUAUAUAUAUGUUAUACAUCUACAGGAUAGUCAUACCACAAACUUCUCAAAAAACACAACACCAAGAAAGAAAAGCAAACUAUAGCCUCUCUUCUUCCCUUUUGUGAACCCGAUCAAAAGACUUUAAAAUUGUCAUCAUGGAUGCCAAGGGGGUUCUAUCAGCUGCACCGCAAGAACAGACAGCACCGUUGAAGUACGUCCAAGACCUAGCAAUCAAUGAAGAACUACCACAAAGAUAUAUCCAGAAAGAUGUUAAUGUUAAUGGAAAGCAAGUAACUGCAGAUGAUUCUUUAUCAGUUCCGACAAUUGAUGUUAGUCGUUUAACAGAUAGUGCAUCCAUCGAAGAGAAAGAAGAAGAGAUGGAGAAGCUAAAAUCUGCUUCGAUUUCAUGGGGAAUGUUUCAGGCAGUAGGGCAUGCUAUUCCGAAAAGUCUACUCGAUGAUAUCUAUAAUAUUUCCAAGCAGUUCUUUGAUCUUCCUUUAGAAGAGAAACAAAAGUACGCGUCAUCCAAAGUGGACGAGGUAUUUGACUUGCAGGGAUUUGGGAGCGAUUCCAUUAAAGAAACUAAUGCUGAUCAGAUUCUUGACUGGUCCGACUAUCUAAACCUCGUAAACGAACCAAUAGCAGACCGUAACCUCCAGUACUGGCCUGGUGAUGCUUCUCUAUUGAAUUUCAGGAGCACAUUGGAUGAAUACAGCGUUCAAACGAGAUCACUGUUUGAAAUCAUUAUAAAGUCCAUGGCCAAAUCACUAGGAUUAGAGGAGAAUGCCUUCUUCGACCAGCUGGGUGAUCCACAAAUAGUGUAUACAACGUUUAACUUCUAUCCUCCUUGUCCUAGACCAGAUCUUGUUUACGGCUUAAAAGCUCAUACAGACGGUGGAGCAAUAACUAUUCUUCUGCCAGACCCUGAAGUACGAGGUCUUCAAGUUCAGAAAAAUGAUCAAUGGGUUAGUGUUCCAUGUGUGCCUGGAGCUCUUCUUGUCAACAUUGGGGAUUCAUUGCAGGUAAUGAGUAAUGGAAUAUUCAAGAGCCCAUGGCACAGGGCAGUAACAAAUUCAGAACGGACCCGAAUUUCUUUGGGUAAUUUUUAUUUCCCACAUCACGAUAGAGAAAUCGAACCUGUCGCUUCGUUAAUUGACUACAGUAAUCCUAGAAAGUAUGACAAGGUAAAGAUGAAAGAUUUUCUUGCAGUUUACUACAAAAAUUAUUCGGAAGGAAAGCCUGGGUAUGACUGGAACAGCCUCUAAUUCUUCUACCACUUUUUAUGUUCAAUGAGGACGGUACUAAAGUUCUGCAAUUGGAUAUGAGUGGUAACAAGGAAUUUGGUUGCGGGAAACGUACAUCUGCUAGGAAAAAAUCUCAAGGGUUCAAGUUUUUGUGUUUGCAUUUUUGCUUUGUAAUGUUUUAUGUUUUGCAGUCUUGUUUUGUUGUGUGUUUCUUUAGCUAGUUUGUUGGUUUUUCCCGUACACUGUUUGCGAUUCUACUUCUUUUUUGUUCUUUUGUUUUUCAAUAAAAUUUUAAGCUUCGAGCUUCGGAAAAAAAGA